UGAAAAUGAAAACAAAAACAUGAACAUGUGGUCUAGCGGAGAUAAAUUAACCAAAGUUCCCUUUAAUCACAAACGAUUUGUUUGUGUAGAUUAUCCAGGUGUUGUAAAGAAUGCCGAUAAAGCAUUGAAGUCUAUUGGUGGAACUGAAAAUGUUUCAAAGGUAUAUUCAGAAGCAAACAAGAGAUUAUCAGUAAAUUGGAGGCCUGCUGAUCCAUUCUGUAAACCAGCAUUUGGUGAAAGAUGCUCUACUACAAAUUUAUUGAUGAAGGUCAAAAGACGACCAAAGAAGGGAGAUAAAUCCCAAUAUGAGUAUCAGGUUGAAGUACUUGGAAUUAUUGAUACAACAUACAAAUUUAAUGCCAUGGCAGAUUUCCAGUAUCUUCCUUUUAAUAGAGCAGAGUCUGGAUACGAGAAUAUAUCUCACCAAUUACACCUCCGUCAAAAUGUGGAUAGAAAUGAGUUCUUCAAUCGAGAUGCAGCUUUAUUCUUGCCACCGGUGAUAUUUUCUAGAUUUGAUCUUCCUGACAAGGAUUAUCUGUAUAGAGGAGAGAUAUCUCAUAAACCUGGCUAUGUUAAUCCAGACCAUAGUAGACCAACACAUCUCAUUGGAACCAUUCGUCAGAAAAGAACAGUGUAUACACUGUUUGUCAGUUAUGUUGAUGAUGUACCAUUAAGUCCAUCAGAUGAGGCAGACAGAGAGUUACAUAAAAAAUUCUUCAAACCAAAACAGGAAGAGGAACUGAAGAAGCUAUUUGAAACACGACCUAUUUGGUCAAGAGCUGCAUUGAAUUACCAUUUCACAGGAUUUAAGGACAAACUGAAGUACUUGUUACCAUUGGUGGCUUUUUAUUACACAAAUGGUCCAUGGAGAUGUUUGUGGACCAGAUAUGGUUAUGACCCCAAAAAACAUCCAGAGGCCAAGAUGUAUCAAACUGUGGACUAUAGAAAAAGACAAGCUUCCUGUGGAGAUAUGGUGGCAAUAAAAUGUAAGAGAUCAGAAAAUACAUUAGCAUUCCCAGCUCUGAAACGCAAUGCACCAAACGUUCCUAAAAUAGAUUUGGAGAGUCUUGAUAUAAACAAACCAAGUGGUAGUAAGCAAAAACAAGGAACAGCCACAGAAUCAGAGCCAGUUCAUAUAUACAGACCAGAUAGGUUACCACCUUGUAGGCAGAUGUUUUACCAGAUUUGUGAUAUACAGGUUGAUGAAGUUCAAGAUUUAGUUAAAAAGGGAAAGACAAAAAAUUGUGAUGAGAAAGAUGGAUGGUGUCCUAGAGGUACAAUUGAGAAAUGUCGAGACUUGAUGACAGAGCACACAGAAAAACUAAUACAUCAGUCAGGUUCGUCAUUAGAACCUGGAGAAUAUGCUAGGAAUCUGAGAUUAAAAAGAAUAAAAAAGAAGAAAAUUUAUGAAGAAGAAACUGAUGAAGAGGAGGAAGAAGAUGAAUUGCCAGAUACAGAGGAAGAAGAUGAAAGGGAGACAAAUGAGGAUGAACAGGAAAUUGCUGAUAUAAAUACAGAUUCAAUUCUGGAAGAGGACUUAAAUUUAGAAAGUAUGAUAGAGGAAGACAUGAGUUUCAUGGAAACUGAGAUGCUAGACUGUGUAUAAUGGGCAAUAAUAGUCUUCUGAUUGCAAUAGGACUGAGACUCAGAAAGAAGAACUUAUCUGAUUGGUCAAAGAUGAUCAAUCAUGAUGUGAGGUUGUAGUUUGAAAAUAAUCACAUUGCCAUUUGAUCAAGUAAGAGACAUAUGAAGGAAGAAGUGAGGUAGAAUAAGGAGCAACUUGUUAUUAAAAACAAUAAGCAAAAUACAAACCUUAUGUUGUAGUAAGAAUAACAGAGAUAAAGAAUAAGAAAAAAAGAUGCCAUUGAUAUAGCACUUAGAACCAGCUUUAUGUGUCAGAAUCAUGCAAUAGGUUGGAUAGUUUCAUCCUAAACUAUUUUAUUUGUUCUCUUUCCUAUGAGUGGGUCCCAUAGAAGUGCUGUGCUGGUCUGUAAGUGUGUCUAUCUCUCUGCAUAUCAAUUAAUCACAAGAAAAUGAAAUUUCUAUACAUGGGCUGAGUAAUCAAGUAAAAGAGACUGAUUUGCCUCUCUCCGUACCAUAUUUUUGUCACAUUUUCUCUUAAACAAUAAGUCAAAGCUUCUUAUCUAGAGCUAUGCUUCAUCUAGUUAUGUCCCUGUUUGUAGAAAAGUCAUGUCUUUAGAAAAAUAUCAUGCACAUAUAGGAACACAGUACAUCUUUUUAUUUUUAUUUUUACAAUAGCUAAAUUAUUUUGAAAUCUGAAGCUGUCAAAAAUGUUUUUUAUAGAGAUUGAAAGCUUACAAGACCUAGUGCUAAACAGAUAUUUAUGUUAUUGAACAAGAAGGUUUGUCUUUCAAUUUUGGUCCUGCCUGUGAAAAAAAUCGCCAAAGCCAGACAUAGGUGUUGCUUUUCUGGUGUUGGCAGCGUUGACAAUUGUUAAGUUUUCUGCUCAAGUCAGUUUGAUAGGAACUACUUGUGAUAGAUCAAUGACAUUUUGUAUAAAUUUGCAUUACUAUCAUUAUAUAUCAGUUUGACAACUUUUCCCAGGCCCUACCCCCUAGGUCAUGGUCUAGUGACUUUGAAUUAAUUAUCAAUUUUCAAUGUUAAGUUUUCUGAUAAAAUUAGUUUGAUAUGAACUUCUUGUGAUAUAUCAAUGAUAUCUUGUAUAAAGUUGAAUUACUUUCAGUACAUAUCAGUUUGAUGACUAUUUUGAGGCCCUGCCCCCUAGGUCAUGGUCCAUUGAAUGAAUUAAUUAACAAUGUGGCUGUCCAUCAGAUUGUCUUUUUGUGAAUUUUCUGCCAACAGGCGAGACAUAUCUCUGUGUCAACAGUUUAUUGUCGAGCCUGCGACUUCUAUCACAGAAGGCUAGACAUAGGGAUAGGGAUCCGGCCACGGCGGCAGCGUUAGCUAACUACUUAAAAUCUUUAUAUUUUAGAAGGUGGAAGACCUGGAUGCUUCAUACUUUGUAUAUAGAUGCCUUAUGUUAUGAAGUUUCCGUCUGUCAUAUGUCCAUUGUCCUUGACCUCAUUUUCAUGGUUCAGUGACUACUUGAAAAAAAAGUUAAGAUUUUUUUGUACUGUUAAUUUCUCUCUUAUUAUGAGUAAUAGGAUAACUAUAUUUAGUAUGUGCGUACCUUGCAAGGUCCUCAUGCCCGUCAGACAAUUUUCAUUUGACCUCGACCUCAUUUCAUGGAUCAGUGAACAAGGUUAAUUUUAUGUGGUCAAGUCCAUAUAUCAGAUAUUAUAAGCAAUAGGUCUACUAUAUUUAGUGUAUGGAAUGAUUGUAAGGUGUACUGGCAGAUAUCAUCUCACCUUGACCUCAUUUUCAUGGUUCAGUGGUUAAAUUUAAGUUUUUCUGUUUUAGUCUUUUUUUCUAAUACUAUAUGCAAUAGGUCAACUAUAUUUGGUGUAUGGAAAUAUUUGAAGAUGUACAGGUCAGUCUGGCAGGUUUUAUAUGACCUUGACCUCAUUUUCACAGUUCAUUGCUCAGUGUUAAGUUUUUGUGUUUUAUAAUUAGGACUAUCAACAUAAAAUCAAUGGUUAGUAAAGCAGGUGAGACAUUUCAGCAUGUGCACUCUUGUUGUAUUAAACAGCUACACAAGGUAAAUAUUUUGUCCUAUAAAGACUGGUUAACAGGUGAGCGGAUACUUCUGAAUUUUCCUAAAAUACUUGUAAGAGGAAAUUCAUUUAAACUUGCUUUAUAAGAUAAUGACAUGACCAUAAGAGAUUUGAUAUAAAAUGCCUGAUUUUCUUUGUUGUUUACAGCAAACAUUCAAGGUCUGUUGGUCAAUAUCUAACCAUGUGUAUUAAAUAAAGCUAUUAUUACACUACAA